GAGAAAUAAUUAACAGCCAGGGUCGCCACGCGACAAAACACGCUCCCAUUGUAUGCGUCUAUGCUGCAAAUUCUAGUUUGUCGCGUGACUUGCGUCGCAUCCGUCACAAUCCAGAACUCCUUUAUCAGAGCAUUCAAAUAUUUAAAUAACACACCAGGGGCGUUCACAAAGGAAGCAUAUUUUCGUUCUUUUAGCGCUUUUUAAACCGGUCUACUAUGUACUCACAUGCAGCGUUGCGUCUCGCUGAUUUUGUUUAGCCUAUUAUUAACAACACCUCGCGCCAUUAGCGUUGCGUUUUUAAGACGUCGUGUCAAGUUGAAGCGUUUCAAGAUCCUGUGUUCAGUUUCAUUCCGUUACGAGUCUUAGUGGCCGUUCACACCGAACACGUCAUUGCGCUACAACAAAAGGUUGUACACGAAUACUAUUACUAAUCGAACAGACCGCAGGUGACUCCAGACGCCUUGAAAAAAAGGCGUCCUGUGUGAAUGGACCCUUAAUGCAAUAACGUCCCUUUUGUGAACGCCCCCCUCGGGCUGUUCGAGUAGACGUCGCGGGCUUGCAGUGUUACAGCUGCUUUGGCAGGAGCGUUCUAGUUGAUCGCGUCGCGUCCAGUGUUGAUGGGUUGUACGUUGGGAAGGCGUGGGGGAUGUUUGGCUGGCCAAUGCACCAAUAGACGCCAAUGGGUUGAAGUGUGCAUGAUAGUAUGAAGACGCUGCGACUCUCAGUUCUUUACCAACGCGUAGAGAUUUCACAAAGCUGUGAUUGCGAGAAUAUUCCGUGUAUUUGAAAAUAAAUGGACGGACCGGGCGCUGCAGCAUUCACGAUCCACUUGUCACCAAGGGAGAGGAGUUAUUGGAAGUAAUGGGGAAUACAACACCCAAACCCCUCAUAGAUGUCAGUCUACAGCACCGCCCGGUGGCAAACCGCCAGUACUGCGCUAUUUCUAACAGUGGAGUGGAGCGCCGCACGACUGCCCCACCAAUCAGAAUCGAGUCACCCCGUUUUCACCCCCACGCCAAGGGCAAAAACAUCCGGUUGGACGCACAACUGCGGCGGGCCACGCGCAAGAACAGUUUCUGCAAUGGUGUCACCUUCAGUCAACGCCCCGUACGCUUGUACGAGAAGGUGCGUUUGCAUCUCUCGGGAGUGCACACGGGCUGGAGUGGGGCUCUACGCUUUGGGUUCACCAGUUUAGACCCUAGCGAGCUUGCCUUAGCUGACAUCCCCAAAUAUGCUUGCCCUGACCUGGUUACCCGGCCUGGAUUCUGGGCCAAAGCCCUGCCUGAGAGACUGGCCAUGAGAGACAAUGUUUUGGCCUUCUGGGCUGACCGACACGGGCGGGUCUUUUACAGCAUCAAUGAUGGAGAGCCCAUCCUCUUCCACUGUGGUCUAAGUGUUGCCUGUCCACUCUGGGCCAUCAUAGACAUCUAUGGAAUCACACAGGAAGUAACAUUGUUAGAAAGCACAUUUGCUGAGAGCGUGGGCACGAGCUGUCUGAGCACGGCUCGACUCAGUGCCUAUCUGCCCCAGAGCAACCACGACUCAGCCAAUUACAACAACAACCAGCUCGAGACCAACCAGGCCGCCGCAGCUAAGUUUGCCACACUUCAGCUCAGCAACUACAACCAGCUUAUCCCCUGCAGCUCCACAUCUUCUACCCCUUCUUCAUCCAAUGCCUUCAGCACCCAGAGAGCUGUCCGUGGCCUCUCCUCGCCCCUCGACAGUGACCUACACUUUCACCCGGUGCGAGGUCCUGACGUGGUCCUCUCUAAUGACCGCACGGUCGCGUGCACCCACUUUCUGGACAGCAGCAGAACUCUGAUGUUCAGCGACAGGCCUGUUCGUGUGGGCGAGACUCUGUAUAUGGAGGUCGGCCAUCUAGGCUUGCCAUAUUUUGGGGCGUUUCUAUUUGGUAUGACUUCUUGUGAUCCAGGCACUCUCAAUGCGGGCGAGCUUCCCGCUGACCCGGAAGUUCUUCUAGACCGUAAGGAGUACUGGGUGGUGUACAGGGGUUUUCCUGUGCCAGCGGCAGGCGAUGUGCUCAGUUUUACUUUUCUGGCCAAUGGGGAGGUGCAUCACGGCGUUAACGGAGGGGCGCGUGGCCGUCUGCUCUGUGUCGACUCGUCUCAAGUUCUGUGGGCCUUCUUCACUCUGCACGGGGCUGUGAACCGACUCAGGAUAUUAGGAACAGUGCAGGCCAGUCCACCCACCUCCUCAUCAGUGUCUCAGGGAUCAACACCUGACGACAGUGACUCUGAUCUGGCUUUCAGUGUCAACAGAUCCUCCUCUGCCUCCGAGUCCUCUCUUGUGACGGCUCCCAGCUCACCCCUCAGUCCACCUGUCUCACCCACUCUCUCCUCAUCAGACACACCGUUGAGCAGCAAGAACAGUGAAUGCACAGUCUGCUUCGAUCAGGAGGUGGACACUGUCAUCUAUACGUGUGGACACAUGUGUUUGUGUAAUGACUGCGGACUGAGACUCAAGAGGCAGAUUAAUGCUUGUUGUCCCAUCUGUCGGAGACCCAUAAAAGACGUUAUCAAAACCUACAGGCCGUGAAGGGGCUACAUCAAAGGAUUUAGCCAAAAACUCAGUAGCUAUGGUUUAAUAUCAUGUAUAUGUAGCUUUGAUUUGUGUAGCAUUACGCUCUUGUCCAUAUUUAUCUCAGCUCUGGUUUUAACAUUUUAUCUAAAGACAAAUGUAAAAUGAAGGCAUGGUUUAUGAGGAUUAACAAAGGUUUGUCUGAUAACAAUUGAUAAUCAGAUAUUAUUAGUGCCUUUCUUUAGUGUGUGGAUUUGACAAUCAUAUCUGGGAGUUUUUGUAUAGGUAUUAGUUUAAAAAUGAAAAUUAUUCAGAGGGACCUGGACAUGCAAAAAGAAGGUUUUUAACAAGCAAUUGAUUAUAGGGAUAGUUCACCCCCAAAAAAAAAAAAAUUAUUUUUUUUAUUUACCCACCCUCACGUCAUUCCAAACCUGUAUGAGUUUCUUUCUUGUGCGUCACAGAAAGAUUUUUUUAAUGAAUAUCUCGGUCCGUAGAUUCAAUACAAUGACAGCGGGUAGUGCCUCAUUUUAAAGCUUAAAAAAAGGAUCCACAAGUAUCAUAAAAGUAGUCCAUGCGACUACAAAAUGGACCGGAGUAAGUUUUCUUAUUUAAAAUAGUAAUAAGAACACACUGUAAAAUUUAGAAUCUUAUUAUAGCAGAAUGUGUUUAAAUUGAAGUUAAAUGAUUAAUUGACAAUAAUUAAUUAAUUAUUAUAUUAUUGAUAAAUAAAAAUAACAAUAAAAAAUGUCGUGGUGAUAUGAUCUGUCCCAGUAUAGUUUUAAUGUACAGUCCAUUUCAGUGAAGUUCUUGUGAAAUGUUUCCAUGAAAGUCAUGAUGUCCGUUGUGCAUUCACUCAAAAAAUUGGUUUGAGAUUUACACAUAUAAAUUUCAGAACAAAAUUCCAUUAAAUUGAAUUGAGUAUUCUUUAAAAAAAAUUAAAUAAAAAACUAUUUAUUUUACGUUUUAUUAAUUUAAUUUCUUUUAACAUUACACUAUUUAAUCUGAUGGAAUUUCGUCAUGAAAUGGAAAUGUGUAAAUCUUAAAAAUAGGCUAAAAUGUUUUUUUGAAUGUUCCUGAGCACUGUGAGAGAAGCUUGUUCACUCAUCAUUGGGGUUUGGAACAUAUGAGGGUGAGUAAAACAUGACAGAAUUUUUAUUUUUGGGUGAACUAUAACUUUAAUAUACAGGGCUACAAAUGUGGUUGUGAUUUUAAAUAAAAAAUAACUGUUUUGUGUU